AUGCCUACUAUGGAUUCUACUCCCGCACUUGUUGCUGCUCUGAUGCAUCCUCCGCCAACUGCCUCGUCUUCAACCCCUCGUCCCAUCAUUUUGGAGGACAAUUUUCUCGCCUCGGUGAUCCCAAGGAGCAUCUUUCAUCUAAAGUUCCUAUUAUUCCCGGCGCAUUUGAAGCGCUUGAGCAGUUCUUCCACUCGGCUGGUCAAAUACAUGGCCUUUAAGAGAAAGAGAGAUGAUCAUGAUGAAUCAGCAGUGGAAUCCGAGGGACACAAAGGAAAGCGGAGAGCAAGUAGCAAAGACUCGGAUAUUACAGAUGACUCAACUACAAACAAUGAAGACGAAGCCGAAGACAGAUUGAGAUUUAUUCGGAUGCAGUCUUUGGAAGAAAGCAUGAAGCAAAGAUUAAUCCUGCGACGAAGCUUUUUGAGGCCUCGAGGGAUGGCAAGAGACUGGAUGAUUUUAGGAUUGUUUACAUGA